AGUCCUAACAUUUCUAUGGCCGGUCGUACGCUCCGUUCCAAGGUCCACAUCGAACAAUAAACAACAAUAAAAAUGAGCGGGCUCGAUCAAAUCGUCGAACACAUAUUGAUAAACUACAGAUGGGUGUUCGUGUGUCUGUUCCUUUUGCCGGCGUCGUUCCUCUUCGACUGUUGGCUGUACUUGAGGAACUGGGUGAUCUUCAAAUUGAGCAGCGCACCCAAACAGCACGACGCCAAAGUCAGACACGUGCAAAAGCAGAUACGCGAAUGGAAUGACAAUGGGAGGAGGACAAAAAUGUGCACUGCCAGGCCUGGAUGGCAGACUAUGUCUUUCAGAUCUCCACUCUAUAAAAAAACGUUCACCAAAAUAGAAGUGAAUUUAGUCGACGUCCUGAAUGUCGAUACCGAGAAAAAGAUAGUGAGAGUCGAACCCCUGGUAACUAUGGGCCAAUUAACGGCAACACUAAACCCCCUGGGCUGGACAAUUCCUGUACUUCCUGAAAUAGACGACCUUACAGUCGGCGGCCUUGUUAUGGGUACAGGGAUUGAGAGCUCUUCCCACAGACACGGCCUAUUCCAGCACAUUUGCGUUGGUUACGAGCUCGUAUUAAGCGAUGGAAGUGUGGUGAAAUGCACGCCGGAAACCAACACGGAUUUGUUUUAUUCGGUGCCCUGGUCGUAUGGCACGUUGGGCAUAUUGACUGCCGUCGAUAUACAGUUAAUUCCGGCCAAGAAGUAUUGCAAACUGACCUACAAACCUGUCAGGGGUUUGGAUAAUAUUGCCAAAGAGUUCGAGACUGCCAGUAGGAACGUUAAGGAGAACGAGUUUGUUGAAUGUUUGUUGUACGCCAAAGAUGAGGCUGUUGUAAUGACAGGGAAUCAGACUGACGAAGUGGAACAAGAGAAGUUGAAUGAGUUGGGGAAGUGGUACAAGCCCUGGUUCUUCGUGCACGUCCGACAAGCCCUAGAAAAGGACAAGACCUUCACCGAAUAUUUACCCCUGAGGGACUACUAUCACAGACACACCAGAUCUAUAUUCUGGGAACUGCAGGAGAUCAUCCCCUUCGGCAACAACGUUAUCUUUAGGUACUUGUUUGGCUGGAUGGUGCCUCCGAAAGUGUCGUUACUGAAGCUCACCCAAACGGCUGCCACCAAAAGACUGUACGAAAACCAUCACAUCAUCCAGGACAUGUUGGUGCCAAUUAAGAAUUUCAAGGAAAGCAUAGAAAUAUUCCAUGACACCGUACAGUUCUAUCCGAUUUGGCUUUGUCCCUUCAACUUGCCAUCGAAUCCUGGAAUGGUUCAUCCUAAGGGGGAAUCGGAUGAGUUGUACGUAGAUAUUGGGGUUUAUGGAGUGCCAAAAGUGGAAGACUUUGAACCGAGGAAGACCACCAGACGCAUUGAAGAGUUUGUCAGGAAAUGCAAUGGAUUUCAAAUGUUGUACGCCGACACGUAUAUGACGAGGGAGGAAUUCCGUCAGAUGUUCGAUCACUCGCUGUACGACAGGCUGAGACUCAAAUACGGAUGUGACGGGGCGUUCCCCGAAGUCUACGGUAAGGUUUGCAAGGAGGCGAGGACCUAGUGCACAAACUCUUAUUUAAAUUAUUUUUUUUUAACAAUAAUAAACUAUAUUUUUGACGCC